UGAUCACCGGAUGUUGAUCGGCGUUGAUGGAGGUCGCCAUGUUGUGUGGUUGAGUUGCACAUGUUUUACCAAAUUCAGUUCUUGUUAGGGUAUUAUCUCAAAACCUGAGAUGAUGGCGGGACAAAUUGCACAUUCUGGUUUUAAUUCACCGUUAGGAUAACUAUUUAAAAUAAAUAUAUAUCUAUCCAUACGUCUAUUUGUACUUUUUGGCUAGGUGGUUGUUGUCUUCCUUUCUCUGAAAACUCGCCGAGUCAUUUUUGAAUUAUUGUGAGCUAACUUGUUCUCUGUAAAGACCGUGAAUCCGAGGGUUGAUGAUGGCGCAUCUAGGAGCCCUACCACCAGAGGAGCAAGGCUACAUUGCCGACAAGAUCGUGAAGGCCGAGCGGAGGAUCAAAGCCUACCCAUCAGAUACUGAGGCCUGGAGUAUUCUCAUCAGAGAUGCGCAGAUGAAAAAGAUUGAAGAUGCGAGGGUUGUCUACGAACGUCUGGUGGAACAGUUUCCAAAUGCUGGGAAGUACUGGAAAAUCUAUAUAGAGCAAGAGUUAAAACUCAAGAAUUAUGAACGAGUGGAAAAGUUGUUCCAGAGAUGUCUGAUCAAGGUGCUCAACAUCGAACUUUGGAAACUCUACCUCAACUAUAUCAAGGAGACCAAGGGUAGCCUCCCAUCAUACAGAGAGAAGAUGGCACAGGCGUAUGACUUUGCCCUGGAGAAGAUAGGUAUGGACAUCAUGUCGUACCAGAUCUGGACUGACUACAUUGCCUUCCUCAAGUCUGUCGAGGCUGUGGGAUCUUAUGCAGAGAACCAGCGGAUCACGGCGGUACGGAAGGUGUACCAGAGAGGCGUCAUCAAUCCGAUGAUCAAUAUAGAGAUCCUGUGGAAGGACUACUGCAACUACGAAAAUAGCAUCAACCCCUUGAUAGCCAAGAAGAUGACAGAGGAUCGAGCUCGGGACUACAUGAACGCCAGACGAGUUGCUAAGGAGUAUGAGCUGGCUACUCGGGGUCUUGACCGAAGCCAGCCAUCCGUCCCACCACAAAACACAGUUAAUGAAGCCAAACAGGUCGACCUGUGGAAGAAAUACAUCGCGUGGGAAAAGAGUAACCCCCUCAGGACAGAGGACCAUGCCCUGAUAACCAAGAGAGUGAUGUUUGCAUACGAGCAGUGUCUGCUGUGUCUGGGUUUCCAUCCUGACAUCUGGUACGAGGCCGCCGCGUAUCUGGAGCAGUCCUCCAAGAUUCUGUCCGAGAAGGGGGACCAGAAUGCUGGGAAGAUGUUUGCUGACGAGGCUGCCGCCAUCUACGAGAGGGCCAUCUCAUCCCUCAUGAAGAAGAAUAUGUUGUUAUACUUUGCAUAUGCUGAUUUUGAAGAGGGUCGUAUGAAGUAUGACAAAGUCCACAACAUCUACAAGAAAAUGAUCGCCAUAGAAGAUGUAGAUCCAACACUGGCGUAUAUCCAGUACAUGAAGUUUGCCAGACGGGCCGAGGGUAUCAAGUCUGCACGGCUGGUGUUCAAGGCUGCCCGAGAAGACAAGAGGUCUCGCUACCACGUGUAUGUGUCUGCAGCUCUCAUGGAGUACUAUUGUAGCAAGGAAAAGACAGUUGCCCUGAAGAUCUUUGAGUUAGGGUUGAAGAAGUUUGGAGAACAUCCCGAAUAUGAUCUCUGCUACAUUGAGUUCAUGUCUCACUUAAACGAGGACAACAACACCCGAGUGUUGUUUGAGAGGGUCCUGUCUUCCGGGCAGAUUUCCCCGGAGAAAUCCACAGAGAUCUGGAGCAAGUUCCUUGCCUUCGAGUCGGCAGUUGGAGACCUUGCCAGUAUCCUGAAGGUGGAGAAGAGGAGAGCUCAGGCCAUCGAGAAGGUCCAGGAAUUCGAGGAGAAGGAGACGGCCCUGCUGAUAGACCGCUACAAGUACCUGGAUCUGCUGCCCUGCUCGGAGCGGGAGCUGGAGUCCCUGGGCUACUGGGACCUGGCCAAACACCACGUGGUUCAGAUGCCACUGAGUGGUGUGAAGAAGGUGAUGCGUCAUAUGAACUCCGACGAUGAAGACUCUCGCAGACCACACUACCCAAAGCCAGAUGUUGAACAGAUGUUACCUUUCAAACCAAAGUCAAUAGUUCCCAUCGGUGCUCACCCAAUACCAGGUGGGGUGUUCCCACCUCCCCCGGAGGCAGCUGACCUCAUCUCCACGCUACCCCCACCUGACUGCUUCCAUGGCCCAUUUGUCGUCAUUGAUAAGUUCUUUGAACAUAUGAAGAAGUUGAAAUUACCUGAAGGUCCUGUAGGGGUACACAAUGGUGUGGAUGGCCAUGUCAAGAUUGACGCAGGGACACAAUUCUCCAUCGACAUUGCCAGCGGGAUGCGCAAGCGGAAGUUGAAUGAUGAGGAGAGCGAUGAGGAGCAACCCACCGAGAUGACAGCCCCCGUCAACGACAUCUACCGCAGUCGGCAGCAGAAGAAAGUCAAAUAGUCCAUGUAAUCAGCUUCCAGUUCGGUGCACCCAGGACACUUGUCAACAACAUGGUCGCUGGAUCUGUCUAGUUGUCAGUGAAAAACACAAAGCAUUUCAGAUUUGUCUCCAGUUUCUUCAUGAUGAUUGUAUGCCAGCAAAACCACCGGCAGUAGGUCUGUUAUCAAGCAAUGGUUUGCCACUUGAUUAUCAACAGGCCGGCCACCUUGAUUGUCCAGAGUAUUUGUUACUGCAGUCUAAAACACCAUUCGCUCAAUCCACAAGUUUUGACGAAUGAGAGUUUGGUUGUACUGAAGACUUUAAAGACUUUAAACUUUUCAAUGGUGGGUUGUCUUCAGCCAUUCAUUUUCUUCUCCAUUCAAUGAUUAUUUUGCUACCUUUAUUUCGAGUCUUGUAUCAUCAGUAGUUUAACUACCUCAGUGAACUGGAAGUAGAGACAAAGGACAGCCCCCUAAUUGUGGUAGGAAUCCAGUCCACAACAGCAACCUUGACCGUAAGUUAGUACUUUGCUGUUAUAAGUAUUGGAUGCAGGACCGAAGCUAUCCCACAAUGCUGUCAAAGAAGGCUGGGUAUUAUACACGUCAAGUAGGGCUGUAUUGGGAACCCUGGGUACUAGGCUUGGGUGGGUACUGGCUAGGACUGGGGUACCCACAGGACUAUCUGGACCUGUGGCCACGUGAUAUAUUAUUUUAUGGCAGAAAUUCACUAUAACUGCAUAGUUACUCUACAAGUCAACAAUGUUCGCAUUUCUUUCUGACAAUGCACGCUUUCUUUCUGACUUUUAUAUGAUUGAAUAAAAUCAAAGCUUCAGUCAAUUUCAUUGAAUGCGCGACCAGAUUGUUUUUCUAACUACUUUUUGCCAACAAUUUGGCCUUGUAAACAGGUGUGUAUUGUUAACAAGGGCAUAUGUAUGCCACCUGUAUCUGAAUGUCAAUGUACCACUGGCACUUAGCAGCGAUCUAGUUGUCAUGGAGAUGUUGUUAAGGAGACAUGUUUGUUAUGGGGAUAUGGUUGUCAGGGAGAUGCGUUUGUAAUGUUGACAGAUUGUCAGGGAGAUCUGGUUAUCAACCUGAUAGGUUGUCAUGGAGAUGCUGUUGUCAGGGAGACGGUGUUGCAAUGUAGCUGCUGAUGGUAGAGCAGCCUGUGUGUGAUGUCAUCAUUGUUGUUGGACAUUGAAAAGUGAGGGAUAUAUACCGGGAUAUAUAAGUUUUUGUCAAUUCACUUUAAGCUGUUACAUCAACAUAUGAAAAUUAUGACAAGUUUUUCUUCAUAUGUGCUCAACAUAUUUUAAUAUGGGAAAUGGUGAGAGGUCAAACAAAUAGUUUUCAUCUUUAUCAAAAUUGUUUAUCCCACCGUCACCACUCGCCCCUUUCCGUAACUGCAAGAAGACUCGUCCCCCUAUCAAUGAAUGUUAUGUGUAGAAAUACGACAAACCAAUCAGAAUGCGUGUAUGAUUUCGAGUUCUUUGUCAAAUAAUCCC